UUGAUAGCAAAGCAUGCAAUCUCUGUCAUAUGCAAGCUAGCGUAGCAACCAUAGAUCUACUGAGAUCCCAAUUUUGUAUAAGACCAGGUAGUUCGCAGUGAUACUUUAUUUAAUGUUAGUUGUUAAAGCGUCUAGUGUAUUUUUUCUAUAAACAUCUAGAUCUACCACGCCGGAGAGACAAGGAUGGAGUGGCAGCCAGACGAACAGGGUCUGCAGCAAGUGCUUCAGCUCCUGAAGGAUUCCCAGUCCCCAGACACAGCAACUCAGAGAGCUGUGCAGGAAAAACUGGAGCAGCUUAAUCAGUUUCCAGAUUUCAACAACUAUCUCAUCUUUGUCCUCACAAGUCUCAAAUCUGAGGACGAGCCCACCCGCUCUCUGAGUGGUCUGAUUCUGAAGAACAAUGUAAAAGCUCACUACCAGAACUUCCCUCCUAAUGUGGCUGACUUCAUCAAACGAGAAUGCCUCAACAACAUCGGAGACCCUUCGCCGCUUAUCAGAGCUACAAUUGGCAUUCUGAUCACCACUAUAGCCUCUAAAGGUGAGCUGCAGACAUGGCCAGAGCUGUUGCCUCAGCUCUGUAAUCUACUCAACUCAGAGGACUAUAACACCUGUGAGGGCUCUUUUGGAGCCUUGCAGAAGAUCUGUGAGGAUUCAUCAGAGCUGUUGGAUAGCGAUGCUCUUAACAGACCUCUCAACAUAAUGAUCCCUAAAUUCCUCCAGUUUUUCAAACACUGCAGCCCCAAAAUCAGGUCUCAUGCAAUUGCAUGUGUGAACCAGUUUAUCAUUGGACGAGCUCAGGCUUUGAUGGAUAACAUUGACACCUUUAUUGAGAGUCUGUUUGCACUAGCUGGUGAUGAGGAUAGUGAAGUUCGCAAGAAUGUGUGCAGGGCUCUGGUCAUGCUCCUGGAGGUUCGCAUCGACCGCCUCAUCCCACACAUGCACAGCAUCAUCCAGUACAUGCUGCAGCGCACCCAGGACCCGGAUGAGAAUGUGGCUCUGGAGGCAUGUGAGUUCUGGCUAACUUUGGCUGAACAACCCAUCUGUAAAGAGGCCCUGUCUGGCCACUUGGUUCAACUGAUUCCUAUCUUGGUAAAUGGGAUGAAAUACUCAGAGAUAGACAUUAUUCUUCUAAAGGGGGAUGUGGAAGAGGAUGAGACAAUUCCAGACAGCGAGCAAGACAUCAAGCCUCGCUUCCACAAGUCUCGCACUGUCACUCUGCAGCACGAGGGAGGGGAAGGAGAGGAGGGGGAGGACAUAGACGAAGACGAGGACGAUGAUGAUGACACGUUGUCCGACUGGAAUCUACGGAAGUGUUCGGCUGCAGCUCUGGACGUUCUUGCUAAUGUGUUUCGUGAAGAGCUGCUCCCCCAUCUCCUACCCCUGCUUAAAGGCUUGCUUUUCCAUCCUGAUUGGGUUAUCAAGGAGUCUGGCAUCUUAGUGCUCGGGGCUAUCGCAGAAGGCUGUAUGCAGGGUAUGGUACCAUACUUGCCUGAGCUCAUCCCCCACCUCAUCCAGUGCUUAUGCGACAAGAAGGCCUUGGUUCGCUCCAUCGCUUGCUGGACCCUCAGCCGCUACGCCCACUGGGUGGUCAGCCAGCCCCCUGAUGCUCACCUCAAGCCCCUCAUGACGGAGCUGCUUAAACGCAUCCUGGAUGGCAACAAGAGAGUGCAGGAGGCGGCGUGCAGUGCGUUUGCCACCUUGGAGGAGGAGGCAUGUACAGAGCUGGUGCCUUAUCUGAGCUUCAUCCUGGACACUCUGGUUUUUGCUUUUGGGAAGUAUCAACACAAGAAUCUGCUCAUUCUCUAUGAUGCCAUAGGAACGCUGGCAGACUCUGUGGGACACCAUCUCAACCAGCCUGAGUACAUUCAGAAGCUGAUGCCACCGCUGAUCGCAAAAUGGAAUGAGCUGAAGGAUGAGGACAAAGACCUCUUCCCUCUGCUCGAAUGUCUGUCGUCCGUUGCCACGGCGCUGCAGAGCGGCUUCCUCCCUUACUGCGAGCCCGUCUACCAGCGCUGCGUCACCCUGGUCCAGAAGACUCUGGCUCAAGCCAUGAUGUACAGCCAGCAGCCAGACCAGUAUGAAGCACCCGACAAGGACUUCAUGAUUGUGGCACUGGAUCUUUUAAGCGGCUUGGCAGAGGGUCUUGGGGGUCAUGUGGACACGCUUGUGGCCCGCAGUAACAUCAUGACCCUGCUUUUCCAGUGCAUGCAGGAUACGAUGCCAGAGGUAAGGCAGAGUUCGUUUGCUCUGCUGGGGGAUUUGACCAAGGCUUGCUUCCCUCAUGUCAAACCAUGCAUUGCUGAAUUCAUGCCCAUCCUUGGAACCAACCUGAAUCCAGAAUUCAUCUCUGUCUGCAACAACGCAACCUGGGCCAUAGGAGAGAUCUGCAUGCAGAUGGGAGUGGAGAUGCAGCCAUACAUUGCUAUGGUUCUGUCCCAGCUGGUUGAGAUCAUUAACCGACCCAACACACCUAAAACCCUGCUGGAGAACACCGCCAUCACCAUCGGCAGACUGGGCUAUGUGUGUCCUCAGGAGGUUGCUCCAAUGCUCCCGCAGUUCAUCCGACCCUGGUGUACUUCUCUGCGCAACAUCCGAGACAAUGAGGAGAAGGACUCUGCCUUCCGUGGGAUUUGCAUUAUGAUCGGUGUGAAUCCUGGAGGUGUGGUGCAGGACUUCAUCUUCUUCUGUGAUGCUGUGGCCUCCUGGGUGAAUCCUAAAGAUGAUCUGAGAGACAUGUUCUACAAGAUCCUGCAUGGUUUCAAGGAGCAGGUCGGGGAGGAGAACUGGCAGCAGUUUUCAGAGCAGUUCCCUCCACUGCUGAAGGAGAGACUGGCAGCCUGCUAUGGCGUUUAAGUUCUCUACACCCACCCAAGAGGUGAGCCAGCAGGAGGAGGGUGAAUGGGAAACUCAUCCAUCUGUGUAUUGCACUGCCCUGAUCUGGGGGGAGGGAGAGGGACGCUUUUGGCCGCUCCCCCUGAUGGACGGCCCCCACGCCCUAUGUGUUUGUCCAUAGAGGGAGGGUGGGCGGGUGGGAGGGAGGGACAGGGGGAACACCUCUAGAUUAACUAGGCAGGGACCCGACACAGUAAAACUAACUGGUAGGGACAGAUAGAGAAGGACACAGAGAGAUGGACGAGUCGGAAAAAAAGAGGAAAGCGGCACAGAAGAAAGUUCAGGGAAAGAGAGGGAGGGAAAUCACUAACAAGGCAGGGGAAAACGCCACAGAAAGGUCUGUUACUUGGCGUUGAGGACAGGGACAGCUGAGAUUUUAAUGGGAUUCCUAAAUGUGAGAGUAUAAAGAUAGUUUGACUGACAGACAGACCAACAUACACAGACUCACAUAAACUUGCACAUGCUGUACAUGCAGUACAUGGAACAGACAGCGGGUGGCACUAUAAUUUAGACUUUUUGAGACCUACUACAUGUAGUUAGGGACAGGCAGGUGUUUAAACUCCUUCAUCUUCUGGGUAAUAACUUUAUUUUCUGGGGAAUAGGAUUCAAUAUCAAUACUUCAUCCGUACUCACUGAACUCUACUUAACUGUUAGAUAAUUUCGCUAUCCUCAUCUAUGUUUCCUACUUUCAUUUUUUGACCAGAGUGCUGCUUCUCAGAGCUAUCCAUCUAUCAAACAUCUUGCUGUCACAUUUUUUCUACCUGAUCAAACUAAAGAGUAAGUGUCUUUCCUUGUGGCUUCACAGAAACCAUUCCUCUUAGGAAGGGAGGAUUAGGGCUAACAUAUCUGUUUUCUCACCAGAGCGGGAGGAUACAAA